AGUUCAGUGGAUAUGAUCCACACAACAUGCAUGCAGCGCAGCGCAUGCAUUGAUUUCAUACCGUAUGCUGAAGCAACAGCAAGGGGGAAAAUCAAGCUUACAUAAGGUCUUUCAGCCUACAUAUUUUGUGUACCAUGGACAACGGAUAUGGGCGCAGGCCCAGCGCAAUGGCUAGACCAGAAGACGGUCGUACCAGUACCCCACUCAGACUGUUUGUUGAUGCCAAAAGAAAGAUUAAUGAAAUCUACAAGGAGGUAUCGGGUCACAUCAUGGACAGCCACAGUUUCCUGGAUGGGAUAUCUUCAGCUUCGCAGGUAGUAUCUGAUGAACAACUGAGUAAAGUAGAAGCAUUCAGUAACCAGGUUAGAGGAAUCCAAGAUGUCCUGGAGAGAGAUCAUAUGAAAGUAGCAUUCUUCGGCAGAACGAGUAACGGCAAGAGUACAGUAAUUAAUGCAAUGUUAAGGGAUAAGGUGCUACCCUCUGGUAUCGGCCACACCACAGACUGCUUUCUGUGUGUUGAGGGAUGCGAAGGGCAAGAGGGUUACAUGAGCAGACAGAACAGCUCAGAGAAAAUGAGUAUAACUUCCGUGAGUCAGUUGGCCCAUGCACUUGCAGGAGAAAGAGAUCAUGAUGAUUGUCAACAGAGUAGUAUCCUUCACAUCUUCUGGCCACGGACCCAGUGCCAUCUUCUCAUGAAUGAUGUUGUCCUUCUUGACAGUCCUGGAAUAGACGUGGAGCAAGAUCUUGAUGAAUGGAUCAACACUCACUGUAUGGAUGCAGAUGUAUUCGUCUUGGUAUUAAAUGCAGAGUCUACCCUUAUGAGAACAGAGAAAAGCUUCUUCCACAAAGUGAGUGAAAAGCUCUCCAAACCCAACAUCUUUAUCCUAAACAAUAGGUGGGAUGCCUCUGCUAAUGAACCUGAAUAUAUGGAAGCAGUGAAGAGGCAGCAUUUGGAGAGAGAUAUCAAAUUCUUGGUGGAAGAGCUGAAAGUUGUGACUGAAGCACAAGCCAAGGACCGAGUAUUCUUUGUGUCAGCCAAGGAAGCCCUCAAUUCCAGGAUUCCAAAGACCAUGUCAACUCCAGAUGCAAAUCCAAUAAUUGAAGGUUACCAAGCAAGAUUAUUUGAAUUUGAGAACUUUGAAAGAAAAUUUGAGGAAUGUAUUUCACAGACUGCUGUGAGAACCAAAUUUGAGCAGCAUGCCAAACAAGGCAGACAGAUUGUAGAUUACACACAAGAGAUCUUAUCACAGGUUUUAGAAGCAGCUACUAAAAAGAGAGCCGCAUGCAUCGAGAAGCGAAAGGAUCAGAACGAUAGAUUAGAUUACCUGAAGGAUCAGAUGAAGAUAUUAAGCUUAGAGAGUAAGGAGAGGAUUAAGGAUGUAUCUGAACAAUCAGAAUCAAAGGUAUCAGCUACCAUGACAGAUGAGAUCAGAAGAUUAUCCCCUCUUGUGGAUCAGUUUGACAAACCUUUCCAUCCAGAGUCAUUAGUAGUUCAGGUCUAUAAGGAGGAGCUUCAGAAGCAUGUAGAAGCAGGUCUUGGCCAGAACCUAGCAGCAAGGUGUUCAGCUAACAUCAAACAAUCAGUAGAGGAAGUCCAGACCCAGAUGACAGAACGGAUGUCAGCCCUGUUACCAGAGGACUCCAAGGAGAGAGUCGAAGGCCUCCUCUUCCGUAGGGACUUUGAUCUCAGCUACCGCCUUGACUGCCAGCACCUCUUUGCAGACUUCAAGGAAAACAUUGAAUUCCGCUUCUCACUCGGUCUCACUGCAAUUAUGAAUAGAUUUUUAGGACCAAGAGGGACAAGAGCUACUCUUGCUGGUCUUACUGGAAUGGUGCAGCCAACCAAUCUCCCUCCUGGAGUAACAGUCACAGAAGAACCUUCAUCAACGGACAUGACAGUAGCCAUGUUGUCUGGCAUAGCAUCACUCUACUCAAGAACAUCAGUUGGUCUUAUGAUUGUUACAGGCAUAGUAUGGAAAUCUGUAGGUUGGAGGGUGUUGGUAGUAGGGGGUGGUCUAUAUGGUGUGGUUUACCUCUAUGAGCGCCUCACAUGGACAAACCGUGCCAAGGAGAGAACUUUCAAGAAACAGUUUGUGGACUAUGCCUCGGACAAGCUAAAGCUUCUUGUAAGCUUUACAAGUUCCAACCUCAGUCAUCAGAUACAACAAGAACUAUCUGGUACGUUUGCUCGUCUUUCUCUGGAGGUGGAGAAUGCUAAACAAAGCUUAGAGAAAGAGAUUGUUGACAUGGAGAUUGAGACUAAGAGAUUAGAAGGCCUUAUUACCAAGGCAAAGCUUAUGAGGAAUAAAGCUGGGUGGUUGGACAAUGAACUAGAAAGAUUCAUAGCACAGUAUAUUCAGCAUUGACAGGAGCUGUUGCCAUAGCAGCCAAGAUGGUACAACUCUGAGGAAAUUUGAUCCAUCUUACAAGUUAGACAACAAUUUGCUACGAGGACGAUUUCAGUUUCCUGCAAAGGAAAGUUUAAAUUCCCUGCUUAACAGACAUGUUCAUGCGUUUUCCAUCAAUAUGCCAGGUCCAGAUUUUGCAUAUUUUCAAUUGGAGCCUCAGCAUAUAUUCAUCACUUGAUUAAUACAUGCACCUGGUAAAUUGUGCCAUUUUUGUUUCAUGACUCUUAUACUAAAUUCCUGCAUCUUCCCAUUUUCUCCUUACAAAGGCAAUGAAAAAAUAAAAAUAUUGAAAAAAUACUACUUUUUCGUCUUCAAGAAGAAGCACACCAAUUAGAUGGUGUGAACACUAACUUAAAAUUUAUAUAAUUUUGGCAGAUAAUAUCUUCAUUACCAAGGCAUUGUUCAGUCCAAUAGAUUGAUUUUCAUGUUAUUUCAAAAUAGAAUGAUGAGGUCUUAAAACAGCAAGUCUCAAAUAUGUGGGUGUACAGUUUACAUGUAUACUUCAACACUAACAAUUGUAGAUUUGAAUCAUUUUUGGGAAAUGAUUAUUCUAAACUAUGUAAAGAGUUUCAAUCUUUCGGUGGACUUCAACAUAAGAUUCAAUACCGAAAGCGCAGUACAAUUUUGAGCAGUCUCGUCAAAUACUAUAUAUGCACUUCAUACCUGAAGCACAAAUAUUUCAGGAAAUCUCUAAUAUUAGUUGUUAACUUACUUUGUUUGGAGUCUACCCUCAUAACAAAACUUACUAGAUUGAAUAGUAAACAAGGAUAUUUCUUUUUGUAUUGGAUAGAAAUUCAGGAAUGUUCCAUUUUGCAUUGACCUGUUGUGUGAUUUAUAUGUAGCAUUAUGCUGAACUUCAAAGAUUUCUGAGGAAAACUAGGAUUUUGAAGCUAAAGAUACAUUGCCUCACUUUGCUCUUCUUUUUUUUUUUACUAGACAUUUCCAAAAGAGAAAAUCUUCCCUCACUAUUUUCCCCCAAAAAAUUUGUUUCACUGGCAUGACUGUAUAGAGAAUUUCAAAUUCAAUUUCACUGUCCUAUUGUAUCAUUUUCUGAUUAUAAGAUAUACUGCCUAAGUCAAACCUGUCAGAAUCACAGAAAUCUGAAUGACUACUGGUAAUGAGAAAUACCAUUCAGAAGAGGUGUAUAGCACAUUGUGCAAUCUGGUCUGAAUAUUGUUUUAAUUCAUGUAAUUAUUUGACAUUUAGAAGACAACUUUGGCAGACUUAAAUGUAUGAUGUAACUCAGUUCACACAUGAUUUUUAUAGCAAUAGAACACUUGAUUUUCUUUAACAGCAAUUUUAAAAACUCUUUGCAGUCAUGCCUCUAAUACAUAAACAGGUUUGUUGGAUUUUUUUUUUUUUUUGGGGGGGGGGGGUUAAGUCUGAAAGACAUAUGCCCUUCCCUCCUUAUUUUCUUGCCAAAUAUGAGCAGAAUAAAUUAUAUUUAGGAGCCUAGCUCUACUCACCCAGACUGAUCAGUGGUAUAUUAUUUAAUUUUGGUUUAUUCAGAAAAUCAAAUGUAGCUCCUAGAGCCCACACAGGUACAGACCCAGGCAUAAGACACAAUAGCAUUUUGGGGGCCAUAUUGUUUGUAUAUAUAUCUGGCCUCCCAAAAACUAUUGUAUCUUACCUGGCUGGAUCCGUGCCAGAGCCCACAAUGCUAAGAUUGAUUGUACAGAUGAUCUAUACAAAGGAUUACAUAUAUAGUUAUUAAAAAUCAACUGUGAUCAAUUGCUAAGAUUUAUGUAAUAGGGCUCUUGUGUACAGUGUGUUGUACAUUGUGUAAAGUCAUUUUUCGUUUAAUGUUGAAAUGCAGAAUUAAUGAUCGAAUAAUGAUGGGUGAAAAAUGAGGAAUUACCUAAUGGUAAAGAUGCUUUGGAUUAACUACUUGGUCAGUAGGAAAAGAAAUAUUACUGAUUUUCUUCAUUGCAAAUAAGGUGACCAUGUCAUCGCUUGCGUUGGUUCAGAAGUGGCUGAAUGAUCUAAUGCUACUAUGACACUUUCACAAUUUUUAGCCUUGAUUAGAAUAUCACUAAUUUGCGCAUUGAAUCCUGCCAUGUGAAGUAUGCGGGACAAUGCACAAAGUGUUGUGCCAAAAUUUCAGGAUUUGGCACAUCACAUUUUGGGAUCUUUGUGAACUAUUCAUAAAUUGUGCACAAAUUUUUUUGAGCCAAAUCAUGUUAAUGCAUAUCAUGGCACAAGUGGCACAUAUUUAACGACUAGUUUCUGUUCCGUACACUGGUCAGAACUUAGUCAUGAAUUAUGAUCCAAUCGUGCAAUGCCAAUGCCAAAAGUUGAGUAAAUGUCAGCAGCAAAAGGUGAGGCUUGUGCAUUAGUUCACUUCAAGGGCAUUCAUGUGUUGAACCUAAAAGAUUUCACUAGAAAACAGUGGAUUAUCAGCUGAUCUGAAGUUGGAAUACAUGUUGGAAAAAAUUGUGAGUCUAAUAAUAUAUCUUAGGCAAAAAAAUCAGCAAUGUAUACUAGUAGAUCUUUUUUUCUGAACCCAGUUUUGUAUGAUCUAAAUUUUGUAUCCUGAUCGAGAGCGAGAUUGGUUACUUUGUCUUUGAGACCGAAACAUCACACUGCCCGAGACAAUUCUGAAAAAUCUCAGAGCUAAUCUCUUUGUGAAGUUGAGAUCACUGUAUUUCACGUUCACAAUAUCUCAACCACGUCUCUGGUUUAGGGCCAACUAAACUUUUGACUUAAUGUAGAUUCAUAUCGAAGCUGAAUGAUGUGCAGUGGUUCAAAUUUGACUAAUUUUGCUUGUUCAACAGCAGUCCAAUGUAAGGCUAUUUUUCUGCACACGAAACCUAUCCAAAAGAGUGUAUAGUACAACACAUGAAUAUGCUGAAAAAAGUCACUAAUGGUGAAUAAAUAUUUCCACACCAUAAUAUUGGUCUUAUUGUUUAGAUUAUGCAUCUAUUUUCACAGACAUUGUUUAUCAAUGUCUGUGAGUAUCAACGUAACACAUGGAGCUCAAGAUGCAGUACAAGACACAGCACUAUUAACAAAUAUAAUUUGUACUCCC